AUGUAUUGUUGGGGGAGUUCAGUGAACGGUGAACUUGGGCUUGGUGGGAUCGAGGAAGAGCACAUAUUGUCACCGAGGUUGCUGAAGAAGCCGUGGGCGAAAGAAAUAGUGCAUAGUGAGUGGUGUUCUCGUCGAAAUAUUGAUCAAGAUUCAUUCAUGACGGUGAUUCGUUUCUCAGUUUCUAGUGGGAACCAUCAUACGGUGUUCGUGACGAAAUCCGGGAGAAUUUACUCGUGUGGAUCGGACGAUUGCGGACAACUCGGUCAUACGAAGGAUACGAGAAAGAGACCGGAAAAAAUCGAUGCCCUGGAGGACCAUGACAUCGUAACAGCAGCGUGUGGCGGCUCAUAUACUCUGGCGUUGAACUCGGAAGGACAAAUCUUUGCCUGGGGAUCGAAUACUGCAGGGCAGUUGGGAUUUGGAAAAGCGGAUGAAUCGUGUGUCUCGAAACCGACGUUCUUGAGGGCCUUCGGCGGCAAGCGAGUUGUGCAGAUCGCUGCUGGGGACCAGCAUUCAGUGGCCCUAGUUGAAAGCAAGUUCGAAUUUCUGUGUCUUCAGACCGGCGAGCUGUUUGCAUGGGGCAGUAACAAUCAUGGGCAACUCGGGAUCGGAAAGAAAGGCGGACAAGAGAAUUUUCCGGUCCCCAUUAAGACGUUGGAAGGUGUUCCUGUGAAACAGAUUGCGUGCGGACAUUCUCAUACUGUGAUUUUGACACGAUCCGGUGGACUUUUCGCGUGUGGAAACAACCAUUUCGGUCAGCUGGGGAUCGACGAUGAAUCCGAUCGUCACUUCCCGUCGUUGUUGCGAACUAUCAGAUCGCAUCGAGUUUCUUACAUUUCCGCUGGUGGCGAUCACACAGUUGCAUUGACCAAAAGUGGCGGUGUGUUCACUUUUGGAGCUGGCAUGUAUGGCCAACUGGGUCACGGAUCAACUGCCAAUGAGAUUCUCCCACGGCGAGUUUUGGAAUUGAUGGGAAGUGAAGUUACUCAAAUAGCUUGCGGAAGACGACACACACUCGCAUUUAUUGCCUCCCGAGGACGUUUAUAUGCUUUUGGUCUCGGAGGCUCAGGGCAGCUUGGUACGAAAACCGGCAAGAAUUCCUGGCUUCCUGUUGUAGUUCCUGGCCCUUGGAAGUCUCCUCAGAACUCGUCAGAUUUCACAAAAGUGAACGAUGUCGACUCGGAUGAUGCCGGAUACUACAAAGCUGUGUAUAGUGGUGGUGAUCAAAGCUUCGUAUCAGUUACCCCCAUGCAGACUUGCGAUGAAGAAUUGGAUGAAGAGAGCCAUCGGAAUCUUCCUAACAUUUCCUUGCAGGAAGGCUACGAGCCGAGAGAUUUUCGGAAAUUUUUGCCUUCUACUCAAGUGCUUACCUUCUCGGGAGAGUUCAUGCGGAAAAUUUUGACUCGGGGAGCCAACGCUCCGAUUUCAUCGCUGGACACUGCUCGAGUCGAAAGCAUCGCGAGCACGCCGACGUGUCUGAACGCGUCGUUCUUGAAGCAAGGAAGUCAUUACGGCUGUGGCAGCAAAAAUGUUGGGAUUGAUAUGAACGAAGUGCGGGAGCUGUGGGAGACAGUCGGUGCGAUCAAAAACGAAGUUCUUCUGAAGACGUUAAGGAAGGGCUUGAAAUCUGCUGUCGAAAAGUUGCCCAGUUCACCCCCGGAUGUGGAAGCGCUGAGAAUUUAUGUACUUCUGCCAUUUUAUCACGAGUUCUCUGAUCCGGCGCAGAAAGGAAGUUUCCAGAUUCCGUUUGCGAGAUCGGUCAUGGCAUUGCCCACUUCCGCAAGAAGGGUCAUAGGCAUUUGGUGGUCGACAGUUUCACCCGAACUUUUCUUCCGGAUUUUGACAAUUUACAAGACCGUGAUUCAAACUAUUCUCAAGAACUCUGCUGCCGGGAAGGACGGCAAUCGAACGAGGAUGGAAAUAGAUUACUUGAAAAUUUCGUUGGAAGUUCUAGCGAUGCUUAAUACUCUCGUCAAAGACCACCGGUUGCAGAUUAAGCCGCAAGAAUUUUAUAUCGAAGAGCUGAACGAUUACGCAGAUAUUGCGAAGGAUUAUAUUCGUCGUCGUUACACACCAUCCAAGGAGCCUGAUAUGUUGUACUUCUGCAACUAUCCGUUUAUAUUCGAUGCUGCGUCAAAAACCGUGUUGCUGCAAACGGACGCUGCGUUGCAAAUGCAUUCUGCGAUGAAUGAAGCCCAGAUCAUAAUGUUUCCAUUUCCGCACGUCGACAUGCAGAACCAGUUUAUGGUGUUCAUCGUAACCCGUGAAAACAUUGUUCGUGAUACCCUCUGUCAACUUCUGAAAGCACCGGCCGAAGAUCUCAAGAAGCCAUUGCGAAUCGUGUUUGCGGGGGAAGAAGCAGUUGAUGCCGGAGGUGUUCGCAAGGAAUUUUUCAUUCUCUUGAUGCGAGAAUUGCUUGACCCAAAAUACGGCAUGUUCUUUUCGUAUCCGGAAACAAACGUGGUUUGGUUCAGCGAAGAAACAUUCGAAGACACUUCGAUGUACUUCUUGGUUGGAGUGAUAUGUGGAUUAGCAAUUUACAACUUCACCAUCAUUGAUUUACCGUUUCCUCUUGCGAUGUACAAAAAAUUGCUGGGAGAAGAAGUCGGGCUUGAUGACAUUCGCGACCUGUCGCCUGUGAUGGAAAAAACCUUGCGAGAGCUUUUGGAGUAUGAAGGGGAAGAUGUGGAAGAAAACUAUGCCUUGGCUUUUGAAAUAACAAGAGAAAGCUUUGGAGAAACGAAAACAAUCGAACUGAAACCAGGUGGCUCCAAUAUUCCGGUUAACAAGGAAAAUAAGAAAGAGUACGUAGAUCUUUACGUGAAGUACAUCCUCGACACUUCGAUUGAGUCCUCGUUCACGGCAUUUUACAAGGGAUUCCAUUAUGUGUGUGGAAGCUACAUUCUGUCGCUCUUCAAAGCUGAGGAAUUGAUGGAGCUCGUCGUUGGCAACGAGGACUACGAUUGGGAUCAAUUGGAAAAGAGCUCGGAGUACAAAAACGGUUACACGAAAGAUGACCCGACCAUCAGGUUAUUUUGGCAAGUUUUCCAUGGAUUGACGACGGAUGAGAAGAAGCGCUUCCUCAAAUUUCUCACCGGGACUGACAGGAUACCGAUUCUCGGCAUGAAAUCUGUGAAGCUUUUAUUCCAGCCGACGGGAGGUGGUGAACGAUACUUCCCGGUAGCUCACACCUGCUUCAACCUGCUCGACCUUCCUCGAUACAAGAGCGCACAAGUGCUGAGAGAAAAGCUUCUGUUGGCAAUCCAACAAACCGAAGGAUUCACUCUAGUCUAAGACAUUCUCUUGAACAUUCACGUCUCGUUACGUAUGUGCAACGUAGCAAGAAGCGGAAGUGACUAACGUGCCUCUCUGGCCUGUUUAGUGCGGGUUUCCGUUCGGUGAUUCUCAUUGAACUGAAGUUCUUUCUGAAGUGAUUUUUUUCUACAUAAAACUUUCCUAUGAUUUUCGACUUUGUGCUCAACUUCGAUUACCUGCUUCCUAAAUCCUUUUUAUCUGUUGACUUAUGAAGGCGUUCAGAAAUGUUUUUUGAGUGAUUGAUGGGUGAUAUAGAACUAAUGUAUAGGCCUUCCAUCUCCGGAAAUUCAUGAACAACGUAAUUUUUGUUACCGGGGUGGAUUCGAAACGUGAUGGACACUAGUUCAUGAUUGCGCAUGACCUUAUUUUUGCUCAUUAUCCAAGAGUGCAAAUGUUCAUGGGAGAAUUACGUACAUUUUAAAAAUUGUUCGCCUGUUAUUGAGCUUGGGUCAGUUGUUGUCCACUCCUCAUUUUUUCAGAAUUUGAUUUACAAAGUGCAGAAGCAUGUGUAGUUUUUAAUGGCCAUAACUGACUGUGUUUUGUAUUUUUUGUUGCAGGCAUUGAAUGUAAUUUGAUCUGCGGUGAAAUAUGAUUCGAAGGGAAUUCGUGAAGUUCUGAUAGUUGUGAUGAGAAGUGAUUUUCAUUUUGCGGUACUGAGCAAUCUUUGAAGUGUUGAAUGCGGUGAACGCUUUGAAACACUUAUCGAACGGUUUCCUCAGUGAUGGCAAUUAACGCAUUAGCUGAAAUGUCCGACAAAUUUUCGAUUACGUUAGUUAAUUUUUUGCUUGCAUCAUUUCAAAAUUUAAUUGCAAUUUAGCGUUAUUGUGGGUGAUUUUUUUUCUGUGUUCUGAUUUUGGUGCGACAUCAUUUCCUUGCGUGGAGGAAUGGCUUUGAAUUUUUCUGAGGUUAUCGCCGAAUUCUCAACUUAAACGACCUUCAAUUCGGUGUGUUACCAAAAUUACCCAUUUUUAAAUUUAGAAGAUAUUUUCCAUCUACCCUUGUGUUUUGGACAAACCUGAACCUGUGAUCGAACCCAAGAAUGCGCACCUUUGAAGUCAACUUAGCAUAUUUUGGAAGAACCUCGACAGAAAAAAGUGUUCUGAGGUAAUCAAAAUGGUCUUCUGUUCAUUUUAAAUUGGUUAAACCCCGAAUGCUGAAAUGAAUAAUCCCUGUCUAUUUUCCUGAUUCAGAUUUGAUUCUUGCCCG